AUGUCGCACGGACAUAGUCACGAUGGUGCACCAUGUGGUGGACAUCACCACGAUGACGAAGGAGCUGGCGGAAGUCGCCCAUCUGCGAGUGAUAUCCAAGCGGUAACAUAAUCCUAAUUUUUCUCAAAAAUAUCCUAAAAAUUUCUAGAUUGUUGAGCAAUUGCGAGCCGCCGGUGUUGAUGUCCACAAUCUACCAAAUCAAGUUAGCGCUCCACGCGAUAUUGAUGAGGCGUUGAGCAAGAAUUAUCAAUUUUGGAGCACACAACCGGUGCCAAGUAUGAAUGAAUUGGUUCCUGAUAAUAUUAAUGAUUCAAUUGAGCCAAAUUUGCCUUUGGAUCAAGUACGAGCUGAAGCUUAUUCAUUGCCACCCGGUUUCACUUGGUGCAACGUGGAUUUGAACGAUGAGAAAGAGUUGCAUGUAAGGGAAAAUUGAAAUAUGGAUUUUUAAAUACAGAAAAUAAUUUCUCCUAGUUUUUGAUCUAGGAAUGAAAAAUGAGUUACGACGUGGUAAAUAUAAAGUAAAAAGGUCACGUGCAUUUUUUAUCCAUUUUCAAUAAAAAGUCAAUUUCAGAUAGAAAAUGAAAAAAAACAUUUUUAAAUUUCAAAAUCUUUCAAAUUCAUUCGAAACUCAAAAAAGUCUCUAAUUUUCAGGAACUCUACACUCUUCUCACCGAAAACUAUGUCGAAGAUGACGAUUCAAUGUUCCGCUUCGACUACUCUGCUCCAUUCUUAAAAUGGGCUCUCCAAGUUCCCGGAUGGCUUUCACAAUGGCAUUUGGGAGUUCGUGCCAAUUCAUCAGGCCGUCUUCUCGCUUUCAUCGGCGCCAUUCCCCAAAAUGUUCGUGUCUACAAAAAAGUGGUGAAAAUGGUCGAAAUCAACUUCCUCUGUGUUCACAAAAAACUUCGAAGCAAGCGCGUUGCUCCAGUUCUCAUUCGAGAAAUCACACGGCGCGUAAAUUUGGAAGGAAUUUUCCAAGCUGCAUUUACUGCGGGAAUUGUUAUUCCAAAACCUGUGGCAACUUGCCGAUAUUAUCAUCGAUCAUUGAAUCCAAAGAAGUUGAUCGAAGUUCGAUUUUCACAUCUUUCGGCAAAAACAACAAUGGCAAGAACCAUUAAAUUAUACAAACUUCCGGAAGAACCAAAUUGUCAAAGUUUGCGAAAAAUGACUGAAGAAGAUGUGCCAAAAGUUGCAAAACUUCUCAACAAAUUCCUCGAGCAAUAUUCAUUGGCUCCUGCAUUUACACAUGCAAAAGAAGAAAUCUCGCAUAUGUUACUUCCAAGAGAUGGUGUUAUUUAUUCAUAUGUUGUUGCUGAAAAAACUGGAAAAAUCACUGAUUUUGUCAGUUUUUAUUCGCUUCCUUCAACUGUUAUGGGACAUGCGACACAUAAAACAAUUAAUGCCGCUUAUUUGUACUAUUAUGCGACUGGAACUUUGACUUUGAAACAGUUGAUUAAUGAUGCUCUUAUUAUGGCUAAUAAGGUGAGUUUUGAUUGAUUUAUAUCUCCCAAAAUUCUUAAAUUCAUCCUAAUUGCCACGUCACAUUCGAUUUUUUAGAAACUGAAAAUUCUCACCUUAAAAAUAGUUCGUUCUCGAUUUUUUGUUAAAAAAUGAAUAUAUUUCAAGUUUUCACGUAUUAGGAAAAAUAAAAAAGUUCACGCUGAAAAAUUAUAAAAUCAAUUUUUCCGAAUAUACUGAAUUCUUGAUUUUUUAAAUGAAAAUUAACAUAAUUUCCUAAUUGCCACGUCAUAGAUCCUCAAUUUUUCAGGAAAAAUUCGACGUGUUCAACGCAUUGGACUUGAUGAACAACGACGAAAUUUUCCAAGAUUUGAAGUUCGGAAAAGGCGACGGCAAUCUACAAUACUAUUUGUACAAUUGGAAGUGCGCCAACAUGAAACCCCAACAAAUUGGUCUCGUUUUACAGUAA